AUGACGAACGAACUCGAUACUAAUCUGUCCAUCGAUGCUCCAGCUACCUUCGGUGACGGCUUUCAUUAUCUCCAACAGUGUAGCGGCUUCGACCCUAAUGCCAGGAACCUAUUCUGUUGCGGUGGCGAUUAUGGCUGCUGCAACAAUACCGACACCAUUGUGACCGGCAUCAAGAAGUACACAGCCAUUUCCCGCGCCGGCGCCCCAACGUCCACGGCAGCAAGCGGCACUGUGACGGUCACGGCAACCGCCACUUCGCCCGCGGACGACAGCAACAAUAGCACCAAGAAGACGGACAACUCCAAGGUCGUGGCCGUCGGCGCCGGUGUGGGAGCAUCCCUCGGCAUAGCCCUGCUUGCCGCCAUUGGCGCGCUGGUCUGGCAAAUACGCAAGCAAAAGAAAUAUAUGGCGGUGCACGCCCCGGCGCCGCAGCAGCAUGUGUACUCGGGUCAGCCCAAAUACGAGCCGCAACAGCAACAUCCAGCCGAACUGGCGACUUAA